CUCAUUGAAGUUUAUUAUACUCGUGGCAUCAUGGACAAGUUCUGCUACUUACUACUAGUACUUAACUGCCGGCUGCGACUUCUCUAGCGUGUCCGAUACCACACCUGAUCACUCAAAAAGUCAGAAAGCAACAAGUCUUCUCUUCUGUCUCAUUCCUAACUCCUAUCCUCAUAUCCUGUACACUGGAGAAGCUCGCGUCAGGUUCCAGCAGGUCGUACGGCUGCCAGCUUCUCGCGCGCGCGUCGGCUCCUCUCUGUUAGUUCGAUCGCAUGGCCGGAGCCCACUCCGUCGUCUUCCUCGUCACCGGCCUCGCGAUGGUGUUCGUCGUCCACGUCCUCGUGCUCUUCUUGGCGCUGAACUGGUGCUGCCGGGCACAACCCUCGUCCCGCGUCGGGGAGCGCGCGGAGGAAGGCGGCGGCGGCGGCGGCCUUUCGGCCGAGCAGGUCGGCGAGCUUCCCUGCCACGAGUGCAAGGAGGGCCCCGGGGCCGGCGCCGGCGAGUGCGCGGUGUGCCUGGAGGCGUUCCGCGCGGGCGACAGGCGCAGGGUGCUGCCGGGCUGCGAGCACGGGUUCCACGCGGAGUGCGUCGACUCGUGGCUGCGCAAGAGCCGCCGGUGCCCCAUCUGCCGCGCGGAGGUGGUGGUGGCCGCGCAUGGCAAGAACGCCGGUGAGGUGGCGGAGGCCGCCGCCGUGGAGAUCGUUACCGAAAGGUAGCUAGCUAGGUAGCUUUUUGUCAUCAUGUCACGGGCAUGGCAAGAACGCCGGCAUGCGUUUGACUGUUUGGUGUUUGGCUUUGCCGUCCUGCUUUUCCAUGCAUGUUGUACAGCUCUAAUGAUGUAAACCGUGAGCGCCUCUUUUCUGAAAACUGAGCAAUACUCCCUCCAUUUUUAUUUA